AAUCAGAGGAUUCUGGAAACAGGUACCUUUCAUGAGACAUUUGCUGCUGUGAAUUUCUUUUUCCGUCACCAGCGAGAACACCAUUUUCUAAAGCUUCUUCAUGUAUGUACUUCUCAUUUGGCCAAGUGGUAAGACUGUUUAAAGAAUAGUCAUUUGGAGACAAUCAGAAGAACAACAUGGGAGAAACAGAGAAAAGGAUUGCAACCCAUGGGGUCAGAUGCUUUUCUAAGAUCAAGAUGUUUCUGUUGGCAUUAACAUGUGCAUAUGUAUCCAAAUCACUCUCAGGAAUUUAUAUGAAUUCCAUGCUUACACAAAUAGAGAGACAAUUCGAUAUCCCCACAUCUAUAGUUGGACUUAUCAAUGGGAGCUUUGAGAUUGGAAAUCUUUUGUUGAUUAUACUCGUGAGUUACUUUGGAACAAAAUUGCACAGACCUAUCAUGAUUGGUAUUGGAUGUGUGAUUAUGGGCCUAGGGUGUUUCUUAAUGUCCUUACCUCAUUUCCUCAUGGGCCGAUACGAAUAUGAAACAACGAUUUCACCUACAAGCAACUUGUCCUCAAACAGCUUCUUGUGUAUGGAAAACAGAACACAGACCUUAAAGCCAACGCAAGACCCUGCAGAGUGUGUGAAAGAAAUGAAAUCAUUAAUGUGGAUAUAUGUACUGGUAGGAAACAUCAUACGUGGAAUUGGUGAAACUCCCAUCAUGCCCUUGGGUAUUUCCUACAUAGAAGAUUUUGCCAAAUCUGAAAACUCUCCUUUAUAUAUUGGGAUUUUAGAAUCAGGAAAGAUGAUUGGCCCAAUUGUUGGACUUUUGUUGGGAUCCUUCUGUGCAAGAAUUUAUGUAGACACAGGGUCUGUGAAUACAGAUGACCUGACCAUAACUCCCACUGAUACACGCUGGGUCGGUGCUUGGUGGAUUGGCUUUUUGGUCUGUGCAGGAGUGAAUAUCCUGACCAGCAUCCCCUUUUUCUUCUUUCCAAAAACACUCCCAAAGGAAGGAUUACAGGAUAAUGUGGAUAGAACUGAAAAUGACAAAGAGGAGAAGCACAGAGAAAAAGCCAAGGAGGAAAACCGAGGAAUCACUAAAGAUUUCCUGCCAUUCAUGAAGAGCCUCUCCUGCAAUCCUAUUUACAUGCUUCUCAUCCUGACAAGUGUGCUCCAGAUAAACGCAUUUAUCAAUAUGUUUACCUUCUUGCCCAAAUACCUGGAGCAGCAGUAUGGAAAAUCCACUUCAGAGGUCGUCCUCCUCAUAGGUGUUUGUAACUUACCUCCAAUCUGCAUUGGAUAUUUACUUAUUGGCUUUAUUAUGAAGAAGUUCAGGAUUACUGUCAAGAAGGCUGCAUACAUGGCAUUCUGCCUAUCCCUGUUUGAGUACCUUCUGUCUUACUUUCACUUUAUGAUAAGCUGUGAUAAUUUCCAAGUUGCUGGCUUAACUACCUCUUAUGAAGGAGUUCAGCACCCUCUAUAUGUGGAGAACAAGGUCCUUGCUGACUGCAACACAAGGUGUAGCUGCUUAACAAACACAUGGGAUCCAGUGUGUGGAGACAAUGGCCUAUCAUACAUGUCAGCCUGCCUCGCGGGCUGUGAGAAGUCUGUUGGAAUGGGAACCCACAUGGUGUUUCAAAAUUGCAGCUGCAUUCAGUCAUCAGGAAACUCAUCUGCAGUCCUGGGGCUGUGUAAAAAAGGCCCUGAGUGUGCUAACAAGCUGCAGUACUUUUUAAUCAUGUCGGUAAUUGGCAGUUUCAUCUAUUCGAUCACAGCCAUACCUGGGUACAUGGUUCUUCUGAGGUGUAUCAAGUCUGAAGAGAAGUCCCUUGGAAUUGGAUUACACGCAUUUUGCACAAGAAUAUUCGCUGGCAUCCCUGCACCCAUUUACUUUGGAGCUUUGAUAGACAGAACCUGCUUACAUUGGGGAACUCUGAAAUGUGGUGAGCCAGGAGCCUGUAGGAUGUACAAUAUAAAUAACUUCAGGCGCAUUUAUCUAGUGUUGCCUGCAGCACUAAGAGGAUCAAGCUAUCUCCCUGCAUUCUUCAUUCUGAUACUUAUGAGGAAAUUCCAGCUCCCUGGGGAAAUGUACUCUUCUGAAACUGAACUUGCAGACAUGAAGCUCACAGUGAAGAAAAGCGAGUGCACAGAUGUGCACAGAAUUCCUAAGGUCGAGAAUGAUGGAGAACUGAAAACUAAGCUGUAAUGAAUCUUCUCCUGGCCUAUGCAAGGCCCUGAACAGAAUGCACAUUGCACUUCCUUUGAAUCAUGAGAGGUACGAGAGGAACUCUUUUCCUAAAAUAAAUCAGGGCUGGACUCAGUGUAAGAUAUUCUCAAAAGUCACUGUCUCAUCCUCAGGAGGCCUCUGGUGCUCACUCAUUCUAGUCACAUAUCCCAGAGCACAGUGCUACUUUCAAAAUCAUCUUAGAGUAAAACCUUUGAAGAGGGGCCACCUAAAUGUCGCAAUGGAAAGGCGUGCUUUCUACCAAGGCUGACAAGUUGUGUUUGAUCAUUGGGACCAACAUGGCAGAAGGACAGAACCAACCACGCUUUCAGGUUGUCCUUUUCUCUUUACUCCCACACUGUGGUGUGCAUAUCCCACCCCAAACAAACAAACAAAUAAAAAAAUUUAGAAACUAUU